AUGGCAGCCAGGUGGCAAUCGAAGCGUCUCCUUCAGGGCAUCAACGCCAUUGUUGGCGGACAGGGACCCCCGGUGGUACUUGUUGCAGGCUGGCCCCAGACAGCGGAAGCCUACGGCGACAUAUUUGAAUCACUUUCAAAGCAUCAUCAAUUCUUUGCCCUAGACCCUCCCGGACUGGGAGAGUCGGCGCCAUCCACCAACGGCUACGAUACCGCAACAAUCAGCAAGACCCUAGCCGAAUCCCUCAACGAAGUGAUCAAAGAACCAUACCAUCUGGUGGGCCAUGAUGUCGGAGGAUGGAUCGCUUACCCGUGGGCUGCGCAGUUCCCUUCGAAGAUCAAGAGUCUCAGCAUUCUAGACGCAGCGGUUCCCGGCCUAGCGCCCCCUCAACAAUUCCCACUGUCGAACGAGACCAACUUGCGCCUCUGGCAAUUCUCGUUCAACGCGCUGCCUGAACUCCCGGAGAUCCUCACGCAGGGCCGUGAGCGCGAACUUCUCACGUGGUUCUUCAAUCUGAAGGUCGCCCAUCCGGAGAAAUUCCCGAAGGAGAGACUGGAAUCCUACAUCCAGAGUUAUGCGAGACCCGGAGCCAUGAGCCGUGGCUUUGAAUACUAUCGUGCCGUUGAACGCAGCUCGAAGCAGAAUAUCGAAUUCACGAAGAAGCCUCUCAACCUACCGGUGCUGGCGCUGGGAGGGUCCAAGUCUGUGGGCGCGAAUAUGGUUCGACUGGCGCAGACCCUAGGAAGCAACGUCCAAGGAGGGGCGAUAGAAGACUGCGGUCACUUUGUGGCCGAGGAGCAGCCCGACGAAGUGGCAAGAAAAUUGCUGGAGUUUUUCAAACACGUUGACGAAAAGCAUUGA